AUGGCCUCUGCCCAAUUCUUCUCCAUCCUCACCACUGCUGCAAUUCUUGUUCCUUCAAUUUUGGCCACAGAGUUCCUGGUUGGUGAUGAGACAGGUUGGGAUACGAACUAUGAUUACAAAGGUUGGACUCGGGGAAAGGAAUUCCAUGUCGGUGAUCAACUAGUGUUUAAGUACAUACCCGGAGCCCACACUGUCAAUGAAGUUAAUGGCACUGACUUCCAACAAUGUGUGGCGUCGGCGGGCAUCAAGUCGUUGACCAGUGGAUACGAUAUAAUCACGUUAACAACUCCGGGAGAAAAAUGGUACAUUUGUGGUAUUGACGGGCAUUGUAAAGCUGGAGAACAAAAGCUGGCCAUAACAGUGUUGGAUCAGACGGUGUCUCCGGCAACUCCUUCCAAUUUAGCAACAAGGGAAAGCGACGAGGCCUGUGUUAAUGCAGUGGUCCUCUCGGUCUCUCACAUAUUGAUGAUUUUGGAGACACUCAGAUGGCAGCUGACUCAAUCCACAGGCUGA